AUGAGUCUUGUGGCGUUACCAAAUGCCGCCGAGGAGAUGGCGGAGGAUGUCUUCUUCACUUUCCGUUUGCUCUCCCCUGGCGGCGAGGCGUACAUUCCGCCCUGCUUCAUCAUGACAGCAGCCCGGGAGAUGGGAUACUACCCCACUUCGCAGUGCCUGCGGAACUGCCUGUCAGAAGUCAUCGGGCGAGGAAAACGUUUGACUUUCCCCCUGUUUCUCAAACUGUGUUCUUCCCUCGAGGCGACAAGAACGCUGAACACGGGGGCUAUCGAGGAAUGCAAGCGGGUCUUUGACGUCCGCAACUCUGGCACGUUGAAUAGAGGUGAGUUUCGUACGAUCUUGACAUCAUCGGCUGCGGCAGAAAUGACCUCGAGCGAGGUUGAGGCCAUCGUGGAGUUGUUGGAUCCAGCCCACACAGACGCCAUUCAGCUCUGCGCUGUGCAGAUGAUUCUAAUGCGUUGUCUUUCCAAGGAUGCGAGGGCCAUCGAUGACUUCUUCUACACCCCACGGAGUGCACGCAAAGAGGUUUCGCAGCCAGUGGCUGGAGGGGACGACCACCAUCUUCAGCCCCUUGCGUUAAAUUUUGUUGAGGGCGACAGGAAAGACCUCUCGCGCGACUCAAAGAAUUUGCGUGCAAAUAACAAAGAGGCGGUGAGGCCAUUGAAGGCAAUCGAAGUUAAUGGCAGGUGCGCAAGCCGCCCUUCGCGUGGGUGUGUGAAUACGCUGCAAAGGAAGCGACAAAAAUCGCCUGUCCCAACGGCGCCGGAUGACGCAUCGGAUGAUACCGCUGAGGAAUCAUUGAUUUACCUCCACCCGCCCAAAACAACAGCACCAUCACCCUGCACAAGCGGCCCUGUUACGCGAGCUACGAGUCUGCAGCAGGUCCCUCCACUCCGUGAAGAGCCUUUAUCGCGUUUGGAGACGCCCACACCACCCAGUGAGGUCGCGGCUCCAGCCUCUUUGCCAAUCGGGGAUGUGGAGAAGUCAUUCAUGAGAGGGUCGCACUGUUCGAUGCCUCCUUCCCAGACAUCACACACCGUAGUGCCGUCUGCUGCUGAGCGGGGGAAAACGACUAGGGAACAGGAUGGGAGAACGACUUUGGUUGCAAGUAAGAGCCGCUUUCUCGGGAGUGGCACGAGAAGAACGUUACCGGAGCCUCCGCUAGAGGAGUUGAGGGAAGUUUCUCUGGGUGAUUCAUGCGUGCUUGGCAACACGAGUGAUGUUGUGCAUUUGCAUGAGGAUGUUGCUGCCGCUGAUGCCACGGUCGAGGGCUCUAGAGUUCUCCAAAGCACGCACGGGUCACAAGGCGCUGCCAAUGAAAACGCUUCCGGCAGAAAUCAAGUAAAAAAAAAGAAGGCAUGGGUUCAUAACUGCUGCAUACAGUCUUAG